AAUGCUAAAGUGCUAGGACGUUUUGUGCCUCGAUUGUGCAAAACGCGUCCAAUAUAAUAAAAAAAAAACGACAACAAAAACAUAAAACCCAGACGAUCCGCAAUCGUAUGACUCAUUGCGCAAACAGAUUGCGUCAAUUCUCGUCUCGACAAAGGGUUUUCAAGGUGCGACAAAUUGUUCAUUCCUUAUUUUGGGUAGCGCGUUUAGAGCUGAUGUAACUUAAAGAGUACGCGUAUAGAAGUAACUUUCACUGGGAGAGGGCGAUGUGUUCGCCGUUAAAACGAGUGAAAACCGUGGCUAUGUGAUCGACCUUUGGGAGGGGCAAAAACCGUUGUUUUUUAUAGUUCAUUUCAGUUUUUACGUUUUCUUUCUUAUCUUUUUUUGUUCUGUUUUUAAAUUGGUCCAUCUCCUUUUUUACGUCUUUGCUUUGGCGAAGAAAAAGGGGCUACGGUGGGUGUGUGUGUGUCUGUGUACGGUGUGCUAUCCGUGCGGAGCCAGCCAGAGCCAGCAUCCUCUACAAUCGAUAGCUGUGUAGAGUGUAGCUGCUGCCGCGAGGUUGCCAAAGCUGAAAGCGAAAAUCCGGCAGCGUCGCACAGCUGAGCAGGACAUUGCUCGGAUCUCGAUAGACUAAAUAAAUCUCCGCCCGUCGUGAUUUAGAAAGAAUAUUCCAAUCGAGUUGAAAAGUUUCUUCGAGCAAGUUUCUGUUGGUGCUGAUCGAAAUAAAAUACAAGGCUAAAGAGAAUUUUUGGAAUCAAUAGGAUUAAUUUGACGUCUUCUGGCGGAUUUUGCAAACGCAAGAGGGGGAUGGUGUACUUCUUGGCGAAUGGGGGUAUGGGAGAUAUUGAACCCCGCAACAGGAAAUAUGCGGAUCAACCCCGUGAUCAUCUUUGCAUCGAGCAAGCUCAAUACGACACCAGUUAUAACGAGGUCGACUUGUUACCACUCAGUAACCAGGUUGGAGGACAUACGCGGUUAAUGCUACUGAACCAGAGCACAAUAUGCAAACCGUUGAACAUCAGAGAACUAGAGUUCUAUCAAAAUAUACAAGACCAACCUAUCAAAAAUUUUGUACCGAAGUAUAAAGGCGUUAUGCAAGCGACUCUCUGCAGCGGCGAAAAAUUGGAAAAACGUUACAGCCCCAGCUUCCGAGACUACGAAAAUUCACGUACAAAAAGUGGUUUUAAAAGAAAACGAGAAGAAGUAUUAAAGCGACCUUUCAGAAUGAAAAUACACAACACCGGUCAUCCUAAAGAUGUCUUGAAGAGCAUCUCUCAAACGGAUAACACUAAUAAACAGUACUUCAUUAUGCUGGAAAACAUCACCUCGAACUAUACCCAUCCUUGCAUUCUCGACUUGAAAAUGGGUACGAGACAACACGGAGAUGAUGCUACCGCGGAAAAACGUACCAAACAAAUGGCUAAGUGCGCAGCUAGCACAUCGGCUUCUUUAGGAGUUCGUCUUUGUGGAAUGCAAGUUUAUCAAGCUGAUCGAGAUCAUUAUGAUAAACGCGACAAGUAUUGGGGGAGGGAAUUAGAUGAGAGUGGUUUUAAAAAUGGUCUCUGUCAGUUUUUUGAUAAUGGAUUUGGUUUGAGGAUGUACGUUAUAAGGAAAGUUAUUGAAAAAUUGGAUCAAUUAAGAAGCGUUAUUGAAAAACAAAGUUGCUACAGGUUUUAUUCAUGUUCCUUAUUGGUUGUAUAUGAAGGAAACGGUGGUAUACCAUACAUGGUAGGAAAAUCAAAGAUCUGUUCAAAUAGUCCCGUAUUUUGUAUAAACGAUUAUACACAAUGCUCAGAUACAAGUCGCGAUAUUCCAUGUUGUUACGAUGCUGAUGCAAGUAAUUCAUCGUUGGAUUUAAGUCACGAUGAUGUCAGUCAAGAUUCUCACCAUCGCGGAUUUGGCGAGGCUGCGGCAAGAGGAGCAAAAUCUGCGACAAAUUUUUAUCCGAUCUCCGAAGAGACGACAAUGUAUAUGGAUUCGCCGCCGCGACAAAUAACGGUCUCGAGUCCCGUUUCUCUCGAUAGUUGGAUGAUGUACUCAAAUAGUAGCAGCGAUGAGUACUCAUUACCGGGACAAUAUAACGGGGUUAGUUCAAAUGAUGAUACUUCCGAUUUCGAAUUAAAUUCUCCGGCGAAAACGAAAGCAACACGAAAUUGUCAGUUACAAUUUGAAGAGUUGGAACUGGAGGAUGAAGAUGAUGAGGAAUUAAAUACCACCGUUGCACAUAAAAGUGUUUCGAAAAGACAAAGGGUGAAAGAUACGCAUUUAGGCGUGGCGUCCGGAAGUACGAGAAGGUCAAAAUCUCCAGCACCUGUUCAAGUGGAUUUAAGAAUGAUCGAUUUUGCGCAUACGUCGUUUGUUACGAAUAACAGUUCGACAGCUCCAAGUUCCACUGUUCAUCAAGGUCCCGACGGAGGUUUCUUGACCGGUUUGGAUAGCUUAAAGAGACUAUUACUCGAAAUCAUUAAUGACGAGGGCUAAUUUAUUAUUUUGUGAAUAUAAAAAUUUACUUUGAAAGAA